GCUUUCUCGACCAGUUGGGGUUUCUAACAACCCUGAGCUUGUCCUCUGUCCAGGGCAGGUCCCAGCUCGCGGGCCCUUCAGAAAGGUUUGAAGAAGGGACUGACAGUGGGGUUUGGGGGCCCUAAUUUCUCAUUUUCUCUAGUUCUCACUCCCUUAAAAUGCAAAGGGCCGGUGUUCCUGUUUCAGGGAGCGUGUAGGGCACGUGCCACUGGGCAUCCUGGGAAGGAGCGUACCGACAGCCGCAGUGGGCAGAGAGAGGGCAGGAGGGCAGGUUUAAAUCCUGGGCCUUGAGGCCAGGGGCCCCAGGGAGCUGUCCUGUCACAAGAAAUAGCCCUGGAUGCCAGCCAGCUGGAGCCUGGACACCUUCUCCCAGGCAGAGGCAGGGAGGAGAUGGGGAGACGCCAGUAGCAGCCCAACCCAGAGAGACCGAACCCAGAGUCCGGUUUGCAGCCGAGGACUAGGUCCACAAUCCUCCCUGUGCCCGGGGUGGGUGGGAGGCUGAGGGCACAGUAGUCCCUGGAUAUGGCAAAUCUGAUAUCCUGUCCUCAGGGUGCCCCUUGGCUUCUCCAAGGACAUGCCCAUCCCCUAACAACCGAGUCUCCCCUGGAGCCGGGAUCCCGGUUCCUUUCUCCUCCUGGUGGUGCCGCCCUCAUGCCCUCCCCAUCCUGGUCCCGGAGAGCCGCCGUGCUCGCCGCUGUAAAGCUCUUUGUGGCUCUUUGUGUGAUUUAAGUAAUUCCCACUAAAGUAAUUCAUUCUUUUCUGAAUGACCCAUAGGCUUGAUCCUUCCAGGGCACAUUUGCAUUUCAAGUAAAGCAUUUGUACAAACAGAUUUAAGCGUUAAUUGGUAGAAUGAGGAGGCAAUUAUUUUUUCUUUUGGGGGGGGGACUUUCCCAGGCCCUUCCCUGCCAUCCUCUCCCUUCCCCAAUGCAGGGAGGGUGCGGCUGGGAUGUGCCAGGGGAGUCGUCUGCGUCAGGAGGAAGGGAGGAGAUCAGUGGUUCCAACUGAAAGUUUUUUACGGUGGGACCUAGACUCAUCAACUUUUUAUUUUCCCCAGGUUUGUUUUAUUAUCACUGAUUUCCUAAUGCUGUCACUUCACAGCACCAAAAUACAAAGAAGGAGCGCAUGUCAGUCUUCAGCUUUCUGAAAACGUGGUGUAUGUGGCUGCUGCGGUGCCCUGCGCCCCAGGUACAAAAGGCUGGUGGACAACAUCUUCCCUGAGGAUCCCGAGGAUGGCCUGGUGAAGACCAACAUGGAGAAGCUGACCUUCUACGCCCUGUCAGCUCCAGAAAAGCUCGAUCGCAUUGGCGCCUACCUCUCUGAGAGGCUCAUCCGUGAUGUGGGUCGUCAUCGGUAUGGGUACGUGUGCAUCGCCAUGGAGGCGCUGGACCAGCUGCUCAUGGCCUGUCACUGCCAGAGCAUCAACCUCUUCGUGGAGAGUUUCCUCAAGAUGGUGGCCAAGCUGCUUGAGUCUGAGAAGCCCAACCUGCAGAUCCUUGGCACCAACUCGUUUGUGAAGUUUGCCAACAUAGAGGAGGACACCCCAUCCUACCAUCGGAGCUACGAUUUCUUCGUGUCUCGCUUCAGUGAAAUGUGCCACUCUGGCCAUGAAGACUUGGAGAUCAAGACUAAAAUCCGAAUGUCAGGUAUCAAAGGUCUACAAGGGGUGGUGAGGAAGACCGUGAAUGAUGAACUGCAGGCCAAUAUCUGGGACCCACAGCACAUGGACAAGAUCGUCCCAUCCCUGCUUUUCAAUCUGCAACACGUGGAGGAGGCGGAGAGUGAGUCCAAAGCUGCUUCCCUAGGAGCCUUGGCUCUGGCCUUCUACCAGCCUGCUGUACCCCUUAAGGUCUGCAUUCCUGAAGGAGAAACAGUAAUGGUGCUGGGCUCCCUGGGCCGGUCCCCCUCCCCCCUCCAAGCACCAGAGAAGGAGAAGGAGAACCCUGCAGAGCUGGCUGAGAGGUGCCUUCGGGAACUGCUGGGCCGGGCUGCCUUUGGCAACAUCAAAAACGCCAUCAAGCCUGUUCUCGUCCAUCUGGAUAACCAUUCUCUUUGGGAACCCAAGGUGUUCGCCAUCCGUUGCUUUAAAAUCAUCAUGUACUCAAUUCAGCCGCAGCACUCCCACCUGGUUAUCCAGCAGCUCCUGAGCCACCUGGAUGCCAACAGCCGCAGCGCGGCCACGGUGCGGGCGGGCAUCGUGGAGGUCCUGUCGGAAGCUGCUGUCAUCGCCGCCACGGGCUCUGUGGGGCCCACGGUGCUGGAGAUGUUCAACACUCUGCUGAGGCAGCUGCGGCUCAGCAUCGACUACGCUUUGACCGGGAGCUACGAUGGGGCCAUAAGCCUUGGCACCAAGAUCAUCAAGGAGCACGAAGAGCGCAUGUUCCAGGAGGCGGUCAUCAAGACCAUAGGCUCCUUUGCCAGCACGUUGCCUACUUACCAGCGCUCCGAGGUGAUCCUCUUCAUCAUGAGCAAGGUUCCACUGCCUUCCCUGCAUCACCCCAUGGAGAUGGGGAGGACCGGGGAGAACAGGAACCGACUGACCCAGAUUAUGUUGCUGAAAUCCCUCCUUCAGGUAUCCACCGGCUUCCAGUGCAACAACAUGAUGUCAGCUCUGCCCAGCAACUUCCUUGACCGCCUUCUCUCCACCGCCCUCAUGGAGGACGCAGAGAUCCGUCUCUUCGUUCUAGAGAUUCUCAUCAGUUUCAUUGAUCGUCAUGGCAACCGUCACAAGUUCUCCACCAUCAGUACCCUCAGCGACAUCUCUGUCCUGAAGCUGAAAGUGGACAAGUGCUCCCGGCAGGACACCAUCUUCAUGAAGAAGCACUCCCAGCAGCUCUACAGACACAUCUACCUGAGCUGUAAGGAGGAAACGAACAUACAGAAGCACUACGAGGCGCUCUACGGCCUGCUGGCGCUCAUCAGCAUUGAGCUGGCCAACGAGGAGGUGGUGGUAGACCUCAUCCGCCUGGUGCUGGCUGUCCAGGACGUGGCCCAGGUCAAUGAAGAGAACUUGCCUGUUUACAACCGCUGUGCCCUCUACGCGCUGGGUGCCGCCUACCUGAACCUCAUCAGCCAACUCACGACAGUGCCUGCCUUCUGCCAGCACAUCCGUGAGGUGAUAGAGAGCAGGAAGAAAGAGGCUCCGUACAUGCUCCCUGAGGACGUGUUUGUGGAGAGGCCCAGGCUGUCUCAAAACGUCGAUGGAGUGGUGAUUGAGCUUCUCUUCCGCCAGAGCAACAUCAGUGAGGUCCUGGGGGGCAGUGGUUACAAUGCAGACAGGCUCUGCCUGCCCUACAUCCCUCAGCUGACAGAUGAGGAUCGCUUAUCCAAGAGGAAGAGCAUUGGAGAAACCAUUUCCCUGCAGGUGGAGGUAGAAUCGAGGAACAGCCCAGAGAAGGAGGAGCGCGUGCCUGCCGAGGAGAUCACCUAUGAGACGCUGAAGAAGGCCAUUGUGGACAGCGUGGCCGUCGAGGAGCAGGAACGUGAACGGCGGCGACAGGUGGUGGAGAAGUUCCAGAAGGCGCCCUUUGAGGAGAUUGCAGCGCAUUGCGGGGCCCGGGCAUCACUGCUGCAGAGCAAACUCAAUCAGAUCUUUGAAAUCACCAUCCGGCCCCCACCAAGCCCAUCAGGGACCAUCACUGCAGCCUAUGGCCAGCCUCAGAGCCACUCCAUCCCCGUCUAUGAGAUGAAGUUUCCCGAUCUGUGCGUAUACUGAAUUCCAAGACACAGCUUCUCGGAGGGGUGGGGCCUGAGGGAGGGGCUCGCCUUCACGCCCACCCCGACACCAUGGAGAUCUAACUGGGAUCUCAGAGAAAAAGCACCUUGGACAGCUAAGCAAGGUGGAGCCCUGGGCCCCCCUGCCCCCCUCUCGGCCUCCCUGCUUCCUCUUUGUCUUCCCUGAGGGAGAUCUGGCCACGCUGGGGCUAAUAAGCAUCCUACCUGUGCCCUUUGUCUCCUCUUCUGUGUCAUCCUGGGGUCAGGAGUCGUUGGGGGUCUCCAGAGAGAGGCUGAGGUCCCAGGAAACUCCUGCUUAGUGUAGUAAGUGAAGGGCUUUCACGGGGGUGGGUGUGCAGCUGCCAUUCCCCCGGGAGGGAACUAGAGAGAGACACAGUUGGUCAAAGGAAGCCGUAGACUGCAAUCAGGAGGAGGCAAGGCCAGCUCCUCCCGUAAAGCAGUGGCCUGUGAGAGCUGGAAGAUGGGGCGCUGAUCUCCUCCAGAGUGUCCCCUCCUCCUUCCCCAUUUGAGGGUCCAAAGGCCUUCAAGUCUCUGGUGUCUUUUCCACUCCCCUGCUCACCCUGCCAAUUGCCUCUUCGUGAAUUGUUUCUAUUGUUAAUUAAUACUGAGCUUGUAUAAUGGAAGCUGGGGUAGAGACACCGUGGGGGGCAGCAGGCCGCUGACAGAGGGAGCCCGUGUCCCCAGGCUGGCCGGCUGGGCCAGGGAGCAGAAGCACGGGCCAGCCUCCUGUCCAGGAGCAGCUGGCAGAACCUCACCUGGGCCUCUUCCUGAGGCAGCUCCCUCUGGCCAAGAAGAGCCCUUUCCUUCUUCUUUUCCAGUCUAACUUCCCAUAACUUUUCUGAGCUGAUAUGACUCACAGGAAGGUGAGAAUAGUCACAUGAUUCCUUCCUGGAGAAUUUGCUCUUGAAAAGAGGGAGGGUGAGUAGAUUUCUUGACCCAAAGGAACCCCUUUUGAGGGUACCAUUUUCGGCAGCGUGGGGUGGGGUCAGAAGCGGGCUGAUUCUGCUAAGGGGAGGGCAGUCUUCUCAGGACACCCUCGGGUCACACCUCUGUGCGUGGCCCUGCACAGAUGCACUGUGAGAGCCUGAUUAUCAGGGCUGAUAGGUGUAUUUGUCCAAAUUAGGAGAAUCUUAACACAUGGAACUCUCCUGUUGCGUGUGCAAUAAUCUUGUUGGGUGUGGGGGCUACCUGACCCUCGUUCCUAUAGUUUCCCCCCUUGGUUGCUGCCUCUGUGCUGUGGGCCUGUGGCUUCCAGAGGGUCUACAUGACUACAGGGCCGAGGGGGCCCGGCUCCCGCCCCUCCACCACAGCCUUUGGCUCUGCUCUAUGGCUUUUGGCUAAUACUCAACCCAACUUUACAGGCAUGAACUGAGAUUUCUCUUUACUUUAAUAUCUCUUUAUUAAGAAACCAAAUUUAAAAUAACUAGAAACAGGGCUUCCCUGGUGGCGCAGCGGUUGAGAGUCCGCCUGCCGAUGCAGGGGACACGGGUUCGUGCCCCGGUCCGGGAAGAUCCCACAUGCCGCGGAGCGGCUGGGCCCGUGAGCCAUGGACGCUGAGCCUGCGCGUCCGGAGCCUGCGCUCCGCAAUGGGAGAGGCCACAACAGUGAGAGGCCCGCGUACUGAAAAAAAAUAAAUAAAUAAAUAAAAUAAAAUAACUAGAAACAAACUUGAAGACAAAUGACCUUUGGAAGAAGCUUCAGAGAAAAUGUAAAUCUUGAGCCACAAACAUGUCUUUUCCUCACUGGAUCUUCCCAUCUUUCUUCCCUGCUCAGCUUUGACGCGAAGCCCUGUUUCUCUCUAGUGCUUCUCUGACUGUAGGGUCCACCCCCAUAGCAACUGCACCCUGAGCACUGCCCUGGGGCCCUGGUUCUGGGACUUGGCAGUCAUUCCCUGGAGCCUCUUUCUAGAACCAGCACUAGAACCAGAGACCUACAUGUCCAUCAGCUGUCUCUCCCUCAUCCCCACCCUGGGAACAGAUCGAAGAAACAAGGUGCAGGAUUCCCAUUCUUCAUAUACUUCACUGCUGUUUCCUCUGUCUGAAGCAGCUUUUUCUUUGUGUCACCGCUACAUAGCAAAGAUGUGCUUCCUUUGGAGACAUGGCCACAUUUUGAGUGCCCUCCUUCUCGGUUUCAAUUUAAACUUACACUCAGUAGAGUAUUAACUUGCCUGCUGACAUGGAGUAGAAUACGGAUUCUGGCCAAAGAUGCCUCAGAAUCAGAAAGUUCAUGAUGAACAUUAACUGGAACAAUUACCUGGUAAAUUAAGCAGCCUCCUUCACCCCACCCCUGCCCUCCCGAGCCCUGGGAGAGAAGGCAAGCAGAGUUUGGUGGGUGCCCCAGCCUUCAGCCUAGCACCACUCUUCCUGCCUUCCAAGCCCGCUGGCGUCACCGUGUCAAGCAACCAGCCCUUUUUGCUUUCCCCCCUCUGUUGUGAAUUUCAGUUAGCAAGGCCACGCAAGCCAGUCACUCCCCAAAACUGCUGAAGACUCUUCCUCGUGGGCAAGGGGUAGGGUCGGUUAGCACUCUGCUGACAGAACCCAGUAGCAUGGAUAUACUUGGAAUUUCAGUGAACUUGGUUGCGUCACAUAAAUGCAUAAGAAGCAGAUGAGAGGAGAGCCCCAGUGUGACCCUGGAGGCUCCUUACGGUUUUCCUUGCAAAGUGGUCCCCCAUGGCCUGUGCCUGUUCCCAUUUUCCUCUUUUUGAAAAGUAGAAAUAAGUGAUUUCUUGGCUGCUACACAUCUCCUCCCCAGAGAAGUAGCCUGAGUGGGUCAGAAGAAGAAGGAGAGAAGUCCUCAGACAUUCCCCUCUGUCCAGCCCUCCGCCUCAAGCAUAAGCAUAGAUGGAUGAGCAGUGAAAAGGUGGGGCUGGGACCAUGUGAAGUGCUUGGAGUGCAGGGGUCCCAGGUGCACUGUCCUUUGCCCUGGGUGUUCUCAGUCCCAGAGGAUAUGUUUCAACUGACCUAAGAAUCAGAACAGCCUUGCAGUUGUUUAGACUCCUCAAAGGCCAGACCUCCUGGCUUCACUAGGGGCCCUUGGGUCAUGACACCUUCCAGUUGCUAUUCCAUUGUCCCUGGGGCUUCUCACCUGGGUACAGAGAGUCUCACUGAGAAGUGAGACUUUCUCCCAGUUCCUCUUUAUGACCAUGAAAUGGCAGCUGGCCAGCUGGGGCCUGUGGGAAAAGACUAGACCUGAGCUGUCAGGCUGAAUAGUAAGUUUGAUGGUAGACAGGGAAGUGGGCACCUCUGAGCAGGCCACGCCCACUUCUCCAGACCCAAAGACCCUGGCAGGCAGUUGUGCUGAAACGAGGCACCUUCCUUAUGUCUGGGGAGAAGGCUUAGGGCAGUGUAUUGCCUCUUCAUCUCGCUAAGCCUAGAAAUCUUCUAGUUAAAAUACCCCGUAUCCCAAAUCCAGCCUAGGGCUGAAGCCUGCCGAAGGAUGGUCUUGGUGGGGCCUGCCAGCUGGGGAAGUAGGGAGGGGACACAGGCCUGUGGGAGGGGGCUCUGCGGCCUGUUUUCCGUGCUCUCCUUUAGCACCAACCAGGUUGACCAGGUCUUUUCUCCUUCAGGAGCCCUUGGGACCCCAGCCCAUCACUUUCCCCUUUUGAGCUCUUCCUCCAUGGCUGUUGAUUCUGGCCUGUGGAGAGCAGAGCUGUAAAUCCACAAAUGCUGCAGCAUUACACAUACAUUGUGACAUGUCUGUGUCCAUUUAGACGUUCAUGACCUGGCUGAGUGUGUGUGUGCCCGUGCGCGUGCAAGUGUGUAUAGUGUAGUUCAUAGUUGACAGUGUAUGUAUAUAAUAGCUGACGUAUUUAUAUGUGAGUGCAGAAUUAGUGCCUGUGGCGGUUUUCUGUAUUUUGAACUCAUUGAAUCAAAUUAGUUUAAGGGAUAGGAAGGAGGAUGGGGGGGGGCGGGGGUGGAACGUAGGAAGAAGGACUCUUAGCAAGAUUAUUCUUUAGGACUAUUAGUCGUGAUUUCCCAAUGAGCCUUCAUGAUGCCCUUUUCAAAUAAAUGUUAAUGUUGUCACCA